UCCUAAGCGAUUGAUUACUUGCAGAAUCCAAACGCACAGGCAAAACUUUUGCAGGGAGCUAUGAAAUCAAAAAUAGAAUGACAUGAGUGAAGAAUUGCGGAUUAUCGGCUAUCAUUCCUCUCAGAAUUAGUCAUUAGUUAAAAAAUAUUUGAUCGCAUAUUUGCCUUUCGCUGACAGAUGGCGGGUCAUACUUUUCCAAGCAGCUAUUAUCAGAAUCAGAUUGCGGCAUUAGGAAGCGGAAUGCCCAUGGCUAAACCCUCGCUUUUCAGAUCGGAGCUCCCGCCAAUGGCCCCGGAUCUCUCCUCCGAACGCUUCCGUGGGGUUGGUUCCUCCUCUCCCUCUAGACAACGCGACCUCGUGUUCGUCGUCAAUCCUCGAGGUGCUAAUGGUCGGACGGGUAGAGAGUGGAAACAGCUUCUUCCAUAUCUGCGGUCUCGCUUUGGGAAAGAAUGCAAUAUAUGUGAAUCCUUAACUUCAGGUCCUUGUCAUGCUAUUGACAUAACGAGAGAGGCAAUACGAGAGGGGGCUGAUGCAGUCAUUGCGGUUGGAGGUGAUGGAACUCUUCAUGAGGUUGUUAAUGGUUUCUUCUGGGCUGGAAAACCUGUUACCAGUCAUGUUAAAGAGCCUUCCCAUUCAACUGCUCUUGGUCUCAUUCCCCUGGGUACUGGCUCUGAUUUUGCACGAACAUUUGGGUGGAAAAAUGAUCCUUACGAGGCCAUUGAACGCAUUUCUAAAGGGGUGAGAUCAAGGAUAGAUGUUGGUGUCAUUACUGGAGAAACUGGAGAAGACCACUACUUCAUUAAUGUUGCUGAUAUUCAUUUGAGUGCCAAGGCAGGUUUUUAUGCUUCUAGGUACAAGAGAUUUGGUAAACUAUGCUAUGUCAUUGGCGCUUUGCAAGCCUUUAUGGGGCAUCAUAACCAGGAUUUCAGAAUCAAAAUGAAUGAAGGUGACUGGGAGACAUGUCCUCUAGUUACAGCUCUUUGCAUUGGAAAUGCAAAAUACUUCGGGGGUGGGAUGAAAAUUACACCAAAUGCUGAUCCACAUAGUGGAAAUCUUGAGGUUGUUAUUCUUCAAAACUUUAAGUGGUAUGAUUUCAUCCUCAAAUUACAUAAGCUGUACAAUGGUACACAUUUGUCUGUGAGAAAUGUAUCUUCGAGAAGGGUACACUCUAUUGAGGUAGAGGACAUUUCUGGGAAGGGUGGGGUUUACAUUCAAUCUGAUGGGGAGCACCUGGGGUUCCUUCCAAGAAAAAUUCGUGUUCUUCCAGCUGCUAUUGAGAUGAUAUGCUGAAUCAAAGAAAAAAGGAGAACUGCAGAAUGUCACUGUAAUGUGCAGAAUUUCCUGAAAAAGAGAAUGAAGGGGAAGGAGGUGAUGAGUUCUCCCCUGCCGUCAAGGCUCUGUUGGCUGCAAUGUGGCAACUGGCAACAGUUUCCAGAAAUAUAAUAGGCAACUUUGGGAGGGGGAAGAUAACUCUCAGAACAUGAAAAUAUUUUCAUGAUGAGAUGGAGCUAUUUUGAUUUGCCAGUCAAAUACGCUUGUAGACUUGUAGUCCCUGAAGCUCGCUAUUUACAAUAUUUUAGGAGGGGAAUACGUUUUUGCAAAUGGCACAUGUUGGGGGUUUAGUUGUUAAUUUUGGGUUAGAAGUGUUUUUACUUAUUAGUUUUCACUUUCAGAACCGUCUCUCUUUUUAAGCAAAGGAAUUCGAAAUUGUUUUUGCAUAAAGAUGAUUUGUAGAGGUUACCCAAGGGGAGGAUUUCAUUUUGAACACCUGUGAUCUGUGUAUAUUUUUUACGGUAACUUUUCUUUUUAUAUAUAGUUUUUAUGCUUUUUAA